AUGGCUGGGGCAAUUAUAGAAAACAUGAGCACCAAGAAGCUGUGCAUUGUUGGUGGGAUUCUGCUCGUGUUCCAAAUCAUCGCCUUUCUGGUGGGAGGCUUGAUUGCUCCUGGUCCCACAACGGCAGUGUCCUACAUGUCAGUGAAAUGCGUGGAUGUCCGUAAGAACCAUCACAAGGCAAAGUGGUUAAUGCCUUGGGGGCCUAAUCAGUGUGACAAGAUCCGAGACAUCGAGGAAGCGAUUCCAAGGGAAAUUGAAGCCAACGACAUUGUGUUUUCUGUCCACAUCCCCCUGCCCCCAAUGGAGAUGAGUCCGUGGUUCCAGUUCAUGCUGUUUAUCCUGCAGCUGGACAUCGCCUUCAGGCUGAACAACCAAAUAAAAGAAAAUGCAGAAGUGUCUAUGGAUGUUUCCCUGGCUUACCGUGAUGAUAUGUUUUCAGAAUGGACUGAAAUGGCCCACGAGAGAGUGCCACGAAAACUCAAAUGCAUCUUCACAUCCCCCAAGACCUCAGAGCAUGAGGGCCGCUACUAUGAUUGUGAUGUCCUUCCGUUCAUGGAAAUUGGGUCUGUGGCCCACAAGUAUUACCUUCUAAACAUCCGGCUGCCUGUGAAUGAGAAGAAGAAAAUCAAUGUUGGGAUUGGGGAGAUAAAGGAUAUUCGGUUGGUGGGAAUUCACCAAAAUGGAGGCUUCACCAAGGUGUGGUUUGCCAUGAAGACCUUCCUUACGCCCAGCAUCUUCAUCAUCAUGGUGUGGUAUUGGAGGAGGAUCACCAUGAUGUCCCGACCCCCUGUGCUUCUGGAAAAAGUCAUCUUCGCUCUUGGGAUUUCCAUGACCUUCAUCAACAUCCCAGUGGAAUGGUUUUCUAUUGGGUUUGACUGGACCUGGAUGCUACUGUUUGGUGACAUCCGACAAGGCAUCUUCUACGCAAUGCUUCUCUCCUUCUGGAUCAUCUUCUGUGGCGAGCACAUGAUGGAUCAGCAUGAGCGGAAUCACAUUGCCGGGUAUUGGAAACAAGUUGGACCAAUUGCUGUUGGCUCGUUCUGCCUCUUCAUCUUUGACAUGUGUGAGAGAGGGGUACAACUCACAAAUCCCUUCUACAGUAUCUGGACUACAGAUGUUGGAACAGAGCUGGCCAUGGCCUUCAUCAUCGUGGCUGGGAUCUGCCUCUGCCUCUACUUCCUGUUCCUGUGCUUCAUGGUGUUUCAGGUGUUUCGGAACAUCAGUGGGAAGCAGUCUAGCCUGCCCGCCAUGAGCAAAGUCCGGCGGCUACACUAUGAGGGGCUCAUUUUCAGGUUCAAGUUCCUUAUGCUUAUUACCUUGGCCUGUGCGGCCAUGACGGUCAUCUUCUUCAUCGUCAGUCAGGUGACUGAAGGCCAUUGGAAAUGGGGUGAUGUCACUGUCCAAGUCAACAGCGCCUUCUUCACAGGCAUCUAUGGGAUGUGGAACCUAUAUGUCUUUGCUUUGAUGUUCUUGUAUGCACCAUCCCAUAAGAACUACGGAGAAGACCAGUCCAAUGGCGAUCUGGGUGUCCACAGUGGGGAGGAACUCCAGCUCACCACCACUAUCACCCACGUGGACGGACCCACCGAGAUCUACAAGUUGACCCGCAAGGAGGCCCAGGAGUAGGAGGCUGCAGCGCCCGGCGGGGACUGUCUCCACACCCCAGCCCCUAACUAGAGCGGGGAGCGUGCCCAAGAGAGCUCAGUGUCCAAACGAAUGCCUCGCCUCGCUUAGUGUGGUUCCUUGGACCAGCAGCAUGGACGUUUGUUGUUUGCCUCUGAUGGUAGCUUUUGAAGGAAGAUUACUACAGCCACUAAUGCUUGUGUAUGAUAACAAAAACUCUGGUAUGACACAUUUUCUGUGAUCAUUUUAAAUUAGUGACCUAGAAACAUCUGUAGCAGGUGGUUAGUAAACCUCAUGUGUUGGGGGGUCUACUCUUUGGGGGAUGGUUUGGGCCAAAUGGGGUCUAUAUCGAGUGGAAUAUUUAACUUUUUUUUUUUUCCUGUUUUAGAUUCUAGGAUAGAUUUUAACAUCCUUUGCAGUCCAAGGUAGGCUGGUAUCAUAGUCUUCUCACUCCUAGUUCAUGACUUUUCUCCCCUAUUUAUAUUACCUAGUAGCCUAUUGAGUUAAUAUUUAAGUUGUCAGUAGAUACGUGUCCUCCUUUUUUUACCGCAUAAUAUAACUGAAUUUCAUGAGAGGGUCUGUUCCACCAGGGGCCUAUCAGCUUUGAAACCAAAUCUGUGUGUCUAAUACUAACCAGUCUGUUGGAUGUGGGUUUUAAACAUGUUUGCUAAACUACCCAAGUAGGAUUCAUUGUAUUAAAUGGCCUUUGGGUCUGAAAAGCUUUUUUAACCUCUUGCUUAAAAUGUGUUUUCUUUUGAUAAGAUGCUUCACACAGCCUCCGAGAGUGUGGAAUUCGAUCAUUUAAAUAAACCUGUAUGUGUACACA